AUGACAUCGAUAUCUGGUUUAUGGACGUGGUGGUCGACGUUGAUUCUGUUGCUGUUGCGGUUUACUAGUGGCGAAGAGGAGGGGGAACAAGUGAAUAUUACUUCCGUUACCGAUGAAGUUCCAACAACUACCACACCUUCUGGACCGGCAUCCGCUGAUCGGUUGGGAGUUCCUCGAUGUGAGUCCAACUAUGACUGCGUUCACAAUGGAUUGUGUCGGAAAGAUGCUGAUGGGUACGGUAGAUGUUUGUGCCCGAGAAGCUGCCCGCCAUAUAUACCAAUGGAUUGCAUGAAGCAAGGUUCUUCUUCAUAUUAUCGUCUACGCCAACGAUAUCGUUACGAAUUGCCAUGUGGUGUGAUGGACUCUAGUUACAAAAAGAAAUACGAUCUUCCUAGUCCACAGUGUCAUCAGGGCCGUUGCUCAUGUCCUCCGAUGUUCGACAAUUGGAAAACCAGUGACUCGCCGGUAUUGAAUCUGUUGCCAACGAAGUGUGAUCGAAGAGAGUUGGCUGUUUUGGGCAUUGCAUACCCAUCGGAUGCAGUGUACAAGGGCACUGAUGUAACACUAUACUGUUGCGUGAAUAUGGAUCCUCAAGGACUGAUUGAUGUUGCUGGGGUCUUGUUCGUGCAAAAUACAACAGUUGUUCGUGAGCCAACAAAUCACCCAUUUCAUCAUAUGACGGAGUUUGAAAAGAUGAAUACGCCGUAUUGCUGGGAGUUGGACAUUCGGAAUGUGCAGCUAUCCGAUAGCGGAUCAUAUAUGUGCCACGUGAACGCGAAUCAACAGCCGUCUGUGAAUUACACUAUAGAAUUUCAAGUAAAGGCCCCUCGAACUAUCCAAAAUUUGACGAUAGUCACGAACGAUGUAUCCGCUAAUGUAAGUUGGGAUGUCCAGCAAGGACCACAGUUAAAAAUCGGUUUGAGGUUGGUUCGAAGAACGGGCUUGAACGGCCAAGAGGUGUUCUCGCAAAUGAAUGCUAUAUCACCGGUCACAAUUGGAAAUCUUCGCGCGGCAACGCCUUACAAAUUGUAUGUGACUGUGAAUGAUAGCCAGACGGAUCCUUUCGAAAUUACUGAGCUUUUCAACACAGCCGAGAGCAAGCCACAUCCACCCAAGUACGAGGACGUCCGCGUUUUAAACUCAGGAUCGUCUUUGAUUUGUGAAGUGGAAUGGAGAGCACCGGCUUUGACGAAUGGCCGAAUCAGCAGAUAUUACGUGAGGGUCCAAGGAGCGGUUCGACGUAUGCGUCCUGGUAGUGCACUUGUUGCUGAUGAUUUUCCACCGCCAACAGAUGAGGAGAAAUGUGCUAACUGGGAUGAACGUGAGGAUGCGUCACAUGGAAUCAAUCCUAUCGAAUUCACCACAGAAUUCCUUUCCUGCAAAUAUGGACCGCUCAAGGUAGAGAAACCUGUAACGUCCACAAAUGCUCGUAAUAACUUCCGUUUCAAUUUGGGCCUUCAAAUCGAAACCGAAUCUGCCCAUACUAUGGACCAUAAGGCCUUCAAUAACAACCUCAAUGCUUUGGCAGCUGAGAAGAAAGAUUCUUCGCUUACAUCGCGGAGAGUUAUACCGAAUAUCCCGUGGAUACUGUCAUCGGGGAUGGUCGUGGCAUACCUGAGUCGAUACAAGGCAGAGGACGUGGUUCUGCGACCGGGACUAAAGUACACAGGCUUCCUGAUUGUGAGGGUUGAUAAGGAUGACAAGGAUGAAGUUCAAGGAGGAGCGCACUACAGCAGAAUUUUGGACCCUAUGCGGCCGCGUGCAUACCGUCAGCUUCACCUAAGUGGCCCAGCCUAUGGUUUCAGCGGUUACUUCAAACCGGUUUUUCUGGAGCCAGAAGAC